UGAAAAUAUUAUUUUGUGUUAUUAUUUUUAAAAACAAAUAGUCUCUGUGCUAACAUAACAACUUAAAUAAAAGGUUUUGCAAAAAAACAUUGAGAGUUCUUAACAUGGCUUCGUCAUACGACAUCGAAAAAGCUGAAGAGAAUGGAAAAAAAGAAGAAAUUGAGAUGGUUGAUGCGAAGAGGCAGACUGAAUACAAGACCGCUCCUUUGCCCGAUGCAACUAAAAGAACUUUACGCGGUCCAUUAGCACCUGUCAAUAAUUUUCUUAAUGCGGUGGAAGAAAGUACUAUUAGUUUUGUUCAAGAGCAAGAGUCCUACGUCAUUGGAAUAUUUUUGCUUUUACUCUUUUGCGGUUAUAUAGUCUACUUUACAUUUGCCGUGAGUAAAGACUUUGAUCGAGCUCGCGACUUAGUAUACGUGACCUGCUUUGGACUCUUUUGUAUCUUGUAUUGGGCUGUAAAAAAGUAUUGGGGCCGUGCCAUUUGGAAAACUAUACUGAAACCUUUGCAUGCUAGCUUGGUUUCAUAUUGGAAGUUUUUAAAAUGGCUUGGCAUUCUCCUAUUUGUUGGUUUUAUUCUUUUUUGGAUUAUUUAUGAUACAAGAAAAGAACCAGAAAGAUUGAUCUCAUUGGCUGGUUUGUUUUUUUAUGUUCUUCUUGGCUUUCUGUUGUCAAAGAAACGUGACCAGAUAAAAUGGCGUCCUGUGCUGUGGGGAUUUGCAUUACAAUUUAUAUUUGGUCUGUUGAUUCUGCGCACUGAUGCUGGAUUUCAAUUUUUUGACUGGCUUGGAGAUCGCGUUACGAUAUUUUUAGCGUUUUCAAGUCCCGGCUCCACGUUCGUGUUUGGUAAUUUGCCACAAUUUGCAUUCACUAUACUUCCAGUUAUCGUGUAUUUUUCUUCGUUUACUUACGUCACGUACUAUCUUGGUAUCAUUCAAGUCGUGAUCAAAAAGAUCGCGUGGCUACUCCAAGUGACGAUGGGAACGUCACCUUCAGAAUCGGUUAAUGCUGCAGGAAAUAUAUUUAUCGGCCAGACGGAGGCUCCAUUGCUUAUUCGUCCAUUCCUGGAAACAAUGACUGAAUCUGAGUUGCAUGCUGUGAUGACGGGUGGAUUCGCAACGAUCGCUGGUAGUGUGUUGGGUGCUUACAUCUCCUUCGGUGUGUCUGCGUCACAUUUACUGUCAGCUUCUGUAAUGAGUGCUCCUGCAGCACUGGCAAUGUCAAAGCUAAUGUAUCCUGAAAUAGAAGAGCCGGCCAUAAAAAGUGUUGACGAUAUUACGAUUGAAAGAACAGAUGAGAAAAAUAUAUUUGAAGCGAUGGCUGUUGGAGCAUCGAUGUCGAUCGGUUUGGUGGCAAAUAUAACGGUGAUGUUGAUUGCAUUUUUAGCUAUGUUGGCACUAACAAACGGAGUCUUAGGUUGGCUUGGUUGCAUGGUUGAUGAGUGUGACUUUUCUUUUCAGUACAUAUGUUCGUACGUGUUCAUGCCGUUUGCUUACAUAAUGGGCGUGGAAUGGGACGAUUCUUUCGUAGUGGCUAAACUUCUUGGUGUAAAGACAUUUCUAAAUGAAUUUAUUGCAUAUAAGGACUUUUCCCUGAUCAUUAAGAAUAGAGUACAAAAUCUAGACGGUGACAAAAUUACGAUUCGUUCCGAGGUUAUAACCACUUAUGCUUUAUGUGGAUUUGCCAAUUUUGGUUCAAUGGGCGUACAGCUUGGAGGGUUGUCGGUGUUGGCACCAAGUAAACGAUCAAUUCUAUCAAGAAUAGUUUUACGUGCAUUGAUAGCUGGUACUUUUGCUUGCUUCAUGACUGCAUGUAUCGCAGGAAUGCUGUACGAUAAAGGGCGUUAUGAUACCACGAUAACACCUGCGCCAAACGUUACACUUCAAUUUACGACUACUGCCUCCACGACGAUAACUUAAUUUAUACGACCUGCGCCUUUAACACCAAAACGCCCACAAAUACUAAGUAAAAGUUGUCGUAAUGAACCAUUUUUUGCUUUGCAAUUGCAUUAAGAACAUUUAUACAACUUUUUUAUAUCUUAUAAUAAUCACUAAUAUGUUUAACAGACAUUAUUUUUUGCAUGUAUUUAGUCUAUUUUUAUUUUACUUAACUGCUUUUACAUGUAAUUUUUAUAACGACAUAAAGUUGUACAUAUGUUUUUCGUAACCCAACGUUUUGAAAACUAUAUGAUAAAUUGGUUAGUAUUUUUAUUGCAAUGACUGGGUGCUUGGAGCUGGGUUUAGUUCCUGUUCAGUUGGUUAAGACGUACAUUAAGAAAAGAAUUUUUUUCGGGGAGGUAUCUUUGCGGAUCCGUUAGUUUUGAUAAACAUUAAAAAUCCCGCCAAAUUAAAUUCCUGUCAAAAAUUGACAUUAUGUAACAUCCGCAAAAUUAAUUUCCUGUCAAAAUUAAUUAUUUUAUACUUUCCGUCAUUUUUAAAAAAUUGAUUGUUAGAUAAGUAAAAUAUAAUUUUAAUGGAAAAAUUGACAACGAA